CGCGCGCUUCCGCCUUUCGAAUCGGCCAAUGGGGAGGGGUCGGCGGCGGCGCGCGUGCGCAGAAUUGCGGCGGCGGCAGUUGCGGGCGGUGAGCUCCCGAGCAGCGCCUGGGCACCGGCACCGCGACAGCGCCUCGCAGCUGCACGAGGGAGCGGCCGCGGCGGCGGCGAGAGGAGCCGGGCACUAUGAAAACGAUGACUGGAUCGAACGAGUUCAAGCUAAAUCAAACUCCAGAUGAUGGCAUUUCAUCAGUCAAGUUCAGUCCAAAUACAUCCCAGUUUCUGCUUGUUUCGUCCUGGGACACCACUGUCCGUCUCUAUGACGUUCCUGCCAACACCAUGCGGCUCAAAUACCAACAUUCAGGAGCUGUCCUUGACUGCGCCUUUUAUGAUCCUACCCAUGCCUGGAGUGGAGGACUAGAUCAGCAACUGAAAAUGCACGAUCUAAACACGGACCAAGAAAACCUUGUUGGUGGCCAUGAUGCACCUAUCCGAUGUGUUGAGUAUUGCCCAGAAGUGAACGUCAUGGUGACUGGAAGUUGGGAUCAAACAGUUAAGCUGUGGGACCCCAGAACACCUUGUAAUGCAGGAACCUUCUCUCAGCCUGAAAAGGUGUACACGCUUUCUGUGUCUGGAGACAGGCUAAUUGUGGGGACUGCAGGUCGGAGAGUGCUGGUGUGGGAUUUGCGGAACAUGGGCUACGUUCAGCAGCGAAGAGAAUCAAGUCUGAAGUAUCAGACCCGCUGUAUCAGAGCAUUUCCAAAUAAACAGGGUUAUGUUUUGAGUUCUAUUGAAGGUCGUGUUGCAGUGGAGUACUUGGAUCCAAGUCCAGAAAUACAGAAGAAGAAAUACGCAUUCAAAUGUCAUCGUUUGAAGGAGAAUAAUAUCGAGCAGAUUUAUCCAGUUAAUGCAAUUUCUUUCCAUAACGUCCACAACACGUUUGCUACAGGAGGUUCUGAUGGAUUUGUAAAUAUUUGGGAUCCAUUUAAUAAAAAGCGUCUGUGUCAGUUCCAUCGGUAUCCCACGAGCAUAGCAUCACUUGCCUUCAGCAAUGAUGGAACUACCCUUGCAAUAGCUUCUUCAUAUAUGUAUGAAAUGGAUGACAUUGAACAUCCUGAAGAUGGUAUCUAUAUUCGCCAAGUGACAGAUGCAGAAACAAAACCUAAGUCUACUUAGACUUCUGGUGAUCUCUUCUCUACAAAAGAGUUGCCCACCUGCUCCUAACAAGACUGAGCUAAAAGAAUAGAAGUGGGAAGAACAGUCUAUGUGCUGAAGUUCUUUUUGACAAAGAAAUAUUUGCUUGUAUGUUGUACUGUGUCCUAAUCCAUUGUAACUUUCCUGCUUAUAAUUGUUUUCUUUAUGUGCUGUCUUGUAGCUAAAUUAGUUCAGAACUGUAGGUAACUUUACGUAUACCUUUAUAUAACUCACUGCAUCUUGUAGUACCAUUAAUUAUGAAAACUUGCAGUUGUCUUAUUAUUGCUAAAUAAAUAUACUUAAGUUUUUGAAAA